UAGUCCCUGUUCUGUAACCUACGCAAUUUUUGUCCUUCACCAUAAUGAGGAAAAAAAAAACUGAUUCUAAUCAUCCCUGAAAAUUAUCUGUUAAACACAUGUCCUCCAUGUGAAGAUAGACAUCAAUGUCGGCCCUCAGUCAACUCAUCCUAACUGCCCACCCAGAGGAAGUCCACCAAGGCUGACUGUGGCCAGAUUCUUCACCAGUGGAGAACUCAGUUCAUAAAAGAUGGACACAGAACAUCAGAGCAGAGAAGAUCUUGCUCUCCCAAAUCCACAGUGGCCUUCCAGUGUGCCUGGAAUUGAACCAUCAGAAGCUCCUUCCCAGAGUGAAACACUCCUGGAGAAGCCACCCCCACCCCCACCGCGGAAGACAUGGCUGACAUUUUUGCAUAAGGAGUUGGAAUUCCUGGGGGUAACACAAAUUCUGAUUGGCUCCAUAUGCCUUUGUUUUGGACUAGUUAUUUGCUGCUUACUCAGCCUCUCGGAACUUCAAGAAGAGUUGCUUUCAUCAUUCAAAUUAGGUUACCCAAUAUGGGGAGCAAUAUUUUUUACUAUUUCGGGAAUUUUGUCAAUUGUCUCUGAAAAGAAAAACAAAAUAUACCUGGUCCAGGGAAGCUUAGGAGCAAAUACUAUCUGCAGUAUAACUGCAGUUACAGGAAUCAUUAUCCUGAUCAUCAACCUGAAGCAGAACACGGCUUUUAUCUACAAUUGUCAGAAGACUCAUACCAAUGACUUCUGCUUGGCAGCUUCUUUCUCCACGGAAAUUGUGGCAAUUAUUCUGCUUCUAACCAUUCUGGGGUUUUGCUGUGCUGUGUCACUUACAAUCUAUCGAAUAGGAGAAAUUCUUGAAAAAAAUAAGAUUCCAGAAGAUCGCCUUUAUGAAGAAUUGAACAUAUAUUCACCAAUUUACAGUGAGUUGGAAGACAGAGGGGAGAAGUCUGCCCCCACAGAUUCAUAAGGAUUGUGUGAAGAACAUUCUAAUUUACAGCCAAUGGUCCAGAAAAUGUAGAGCUAUGUUUUGAAAUAUUUGCUCUUUCUAUGCUCUUCCAAUUUUAUAUUAUGAUUGUUCCUAUCCAUCCAACCUUGACCUCUUGUCCCAUAACCACUUUACCCCAAUACAUCGUAUUAUCAUUUAUCAUGUAUUCCUGACCUUCAUAGUGUAUAGUCAGUUACUAAGAUGUGUGCAAUAAAUUGGAAUCAUUCACCUUGA